AUGAACAUGGAGAACUCAACUACAGAGUCUGAGUCUGACCCUAGAUUAUCUGAGGCAUUCUUCUGCAGCGAGUACCGCGAUGAAGAGUCGCCCAGCUGCGAUGGACCUAUCCCGGCGCAGCCUCCAUACCGCCGCAAAACAUGGGCACUAAGACACCUAGGUGCGCUCUUUAUUCAUACUAUAAUUUUUCUGAUUUACACUGGUAUCGGAAUAUUUUGCUGGAAUUACUUCAUAUUGCAUCAACACGGCUGUGAGGGUUCGGCGGUGCUUUACACCCCGAUAGCGAAGCAUGUCAAAGAUAAGAUCACGAUCAUUCAUGACAGACCCAGUGAUAUUAAGGCUAGUCCUUACGUGGGUAGUACAACCCCCGAGGUUGAUGCGGCUUGGUAUCGACUACUACGCCACCAUAAUAUUCGUAUAACGGACGAUGAACUCCAUGCAUUGAAUUCGACUUCCAUUCCUCUCAGUUCAGGAGGUGGAUCCAUGGGUAUGAUGGCAGUUUUUCACGAGCUCCAUUGUCUGAAACUCGUGCGUGAGGCUGUUUUUGCCGAUCACUACCACGCUGCGAAAAGUUCAGCCGAGAGGACGUCAUUGGCGGGCCACACAGAACAUUGCAUCGACAUUCUUCGAUCGGCUGCAAUGUGUCGCGCCGAUACAGCCAUUUUCACGUAUCACUGGAAUGACGCGACACGUCUCCCGAAUCCCACAUGGAUGCAGAUGCACCAAUGCCGCGACUGGGAGUCUUUGGAAGAGUGGCUAGAGAGUCGUCGUAUCGAUAUUUACACCCCGAAUCUUUUGGUUCAUCCCAAAUAUGGCCCGGCGUACCCAGGCGGAAAGCGAAUAUCAGAGCCCCACGGUCCGAAGGUGUAUCCGCUAGACCCGUGA